AUGCAGGCAAUGCCCGUCGUGUCUCAGUCGGGCCAACAGGUGGGCUUGCAGAUGCUGGUCAACGGUAUCGACAUCGUUCGCAUGGAGGAGGUUCUUCAAAAGGGUCCACCCCUGCAGGUCAAGAUCUCGCAGGUGAAGUACGAAAACGAAGAUCCUCCGGACGACAUGCUCAAGGCCACCAUGAACGAGACAAUGCAGACCAUCAAGGAGAUCAUGAAGGUCAACCCAGGUUUCCGCGAAUAUGCAUCGCUCAUUAACCAGAGCUACUACGAUCGCGUGGAGAAGAUGAAAGCUCACGUGGUGGCGCACUUCGCAGCCGCCCUCACUUCGGCAGACGGCAUGGAUCUCCAGAAGGUCCUGGAAGCCACGAAUGCCCAAGACAAGAGCAGGCUCGCCUUGGAGCUUGUGAAGAAGGAGCUGGAGCUGUCGAAGCUUCAACAGAAGAUCGCAUCACAGAUCGAGGACAAGAUGAACAAGCACCAGCGGGAGUUCAUGCUGCGCGAGCAGCUCAAGUCCAUCAAGAAGGAGCUGGGCAUUGACAAGGAUGAUGGAUCCGAUCAACUCCUGCAGAAGUUCAAGCAACGCCUGGAGGAAAAGACGGUGCCCAAGGAGGUCAAGGAGGCCAUCGAUCAGGAGUUGGAGAAGUUCGCAAACUUAGCCAAGGAGUCGCAGGAGUACCAGAUGACCCGGAACUAUCUGGAGUGGUUGACGAACAUGCCCUGGGGCGUCUACAGCAAGGACACCUUCGACUUGAAGAAGGCCCGCGAGAUCUUAGAUCGAGACCAUUAUGGCCUAGCGGACAUCAAGGAUCGAAUCCGAGAGUUCAUUGCUGUCGGUGUGCUGCGCGGGUCGAUGCAGGGGAAGAUUCUUUGCUUCGUGGGCCCCCCCGGUGUCGGCAAGACGUCGAUUGGGAAGUCCAUUGCCGAGGCACUCGGACGAGAGUUUUACCGCUUCUCCGUGGGCGGCCUCUACGAUGUGGCGGAAAUCAAAGGCCAUCGGAGAACCUAUGUCGGUGCCAUGCCAGGAAAGGUGAUCCAGUGCCUGAAAAAGACACAAACCGCCAACCCCCUGAUCCUGAUUGACGAGGUGGACAAGAUCGGACGCGGCCACCAGGGAGACCCCUCAAGCGCGCUGCUCGAGUUGCUGGACCCUUCGCAGAACAAUUCCUUCGUGGAUCACUACCUGGAUGUGCCAGUUGAUUGCAGCAACAUCCUCUUCGUGUGUACGGCCAACGUGCUGGAGACGAUACCUGGACCGCUGCUGGACCGCAUGGAGGUCAUUCGACUCACAGGCUACGACCUUCAAGAAAAGAUGCGAAUAGCACAAGACUACCUGGUGCCAAAUGCCAUGGUUGAGGUCGGCCUUCGGCACAAGGAGGUGAAGACUUCCGAACAAGCUACGACGGCAGAUGCGCCGCCUGGCGAAGCACUUACUUCGGCCGAGACCAGCGAAGCCAGCAGUGAUGAAGCGAACGAGACCAGCAAGGCAGCCGAACCGGUGAAGCCGACCAUCAAGGUGCAAGCUUAUGAUGCUUUUCUGAGUCACGACUGGGGCUCGGGUCGGUGGCUAAAGCUGCUUUCCCUUCUGCUGGUCUUUAAUUCACGUGCAGCUUUUUAUGCCUGCUUAUUUGUGAGCAUUGCAAUUGGCUUUCUGCGUGGAUUUGGUCUCCUGCCGGAUGCAACAUGGACUGUCGUAUUCAGCCAUGCUACCUUCUUCUUCGUUUUUGCUUUUUGGCAACGCAUCAGACUGCUUGUCUGCCGACCUCGGAUGGUAUUCUUCGACAAGCUGUGUGUGGCACAGCACGAUGAAGCGCUGAAGCAGAGAGGCAUCUUGUCAAUCGCGGACUUCUUGCUGAGCUCACGAAGCCUGGUGGUGUUACUGACACCUCAGUACUUUUCUCGUCUUUGGUGUACCUUCGAGAUUGCCACCUUCAUGAAGGAUCCAGAACGGCGCAAGCAGAUCCGCUUCAUGCCACUGAAAACAGCGCUGAUCUUUCUGAUUUACUCGGCUUCCUGGCAUCUGCUCGUAUGCGCCUAUGCCAUCUUUCGGCAGAUCAGGCCAGAGGUGUAUGGCGCUGGAGCCAUUGUGACUGCGAUGAUGUUCGGGCUCUGGGUUGUCCUGGGCCCUGUGGUCCUGUACCUUGAACUGGGGAUGAUCGGGGACAUUGAGAAGCUCCCCAUGCAGCUUCGGAAUUUUCGCGUGCAAGAAGCGGACUGCUUCUGCUGCACACACGGGCAUCGGCAUCCCCAAACCGGGGAGGAGAUUCCAUGUGACCGCGAGCUUGUCUACAAGUCUCUGCAGAAGUGGUAUGGCGAGGACUACCUGGAAACUUUCAACGGUCGAGUACGACAUUACCUGCCAAGGAGCCUCGUCUAUGGCACAGGUGGGUUCCUGCUCCCUAUCCGGUACGCUGUGUACACUGUGCUGGCUAGCAGCCUACCGUACCUCGCAGAUCCUAUCUCAGCGUCAUUUACAGCGGCAUCACAGCUGUCUGGGAUGGCACUUCUUGCCUGGGUGUUACGUGAAUUGAUCGAGUGGGGACUUGUUGGCCUGUGCAGUCUCUUAUCGGUGAGGCUCUCCCUGCCACUAUGUCGGAUGGGUUUGCGACUCCAGAUGACGAGGUGCACCACAGCCAUCAUCCUGGUCCCGGCAAUUUUCUUCAUCAUUCUGUUGGUAUGGGCUCCGGCGGAGAUUGAGGAGGCUGCCAUUGAGUCCCUCAUCCGGUGGUACUGUCGCGAGGCUGGGGUUCGAAACCUGCAGAAGCACAUCGAGCGGGUCUGCCGCAAGCUGGCCACGAAGGUCGUGGAGCAGCUGGAGGACAAGAAGAGUCCGGAACAAGCUGAUGCAGCAGCCGGUGACGAUCAGGUCAUCGAGAUGCGUGUGGAUGAAGGCUCGCUCAGCGACUAUGUGGGGAAGCCGGUCUUCACCUCGGAUCGUCUCUACGAGGGGGCCUUGCCGCCGGGAACCGUUACAGGACUUGCCUGGACUGCACUCGGAGGAUCUGUGCUCUAUAUCGAAGCGACAGCUCUGCCCCGCCGCAGUGCCACGGCUGAAGGGGCCCCGAAAGCUCCGCCGGCACUGGCCGUGACGGGCCAGCUGGGCAGCGUGAUGAAGGAAUCCUCCUCCAUCGCUCUGCUCGUGGCACGGCGGCAGCUCGCCGCGCGCGGUGCUGGUUCCUUCUUCGAGGACCAUGAGCUCUUCCUCCAUUGUCCAGAGGGUGCUACGCCCAAAGACGGCCCAUCUGCUGGUGUCACGAUGACCACGGCUCUUCUGUCCUUGGCGCUCGAGAAGCCCAUCGCCACUGACCUUGCCAUGACCGGCGAGGUUUCACUGAAUGGCAAAGUCUUAGCUGUCGGCGGCAUUAAGGAGAAGACGAUUGCAGCCCGUCGCGCGGGCUGCAAGACACUCGUCUUCCCGCAGGCCAACCGGCGAGACUUCGAGGAGCUUCCAGAGUACUUGCGCGAUGGCUUAACAGUCCAUUUCGCAACUCACUUCGACGACGUCUUUGAUGUGGCCUUCAAGGCAGACGACAUCGCAAGCGAGAGCUCAGGGACAGCCUAA